AUGCAGAACACCCAGAUCAAUUUACUUGAUUAUCUACGUGCGAGAACGCAGGUAGAUCUGGAUACGUUUGAUGUGACCGGUAUGGGUUUCCCGAUGAUCCUACGGGCUGUUCUCAACAAGGCUAUCGAGCUCGCUGCUAGUCUCCAUCAACAAUAUCCCACUGUUGUGCGGGAGGAACUGACGAUUGAGAUCGGUGCCAUUCUUCUGGCGAUCGAAGUUCGACCAUUCGUGACGGGAAACAUCCACCUCAUGGUCAACCCUAACUACGCCUACUACCAGCGCAAGACCGUGGAGGCCGCAAAAAACUUCGAUCCCUCCCGCCUGGUGCUAAAGGUCGCUGCCACCUGGGAGGGGUUGCAGGCGUGUCGGGAGCUGCGGUAUUCACGUAUUCAGACCUUGGCAACCACCCUGUUCACAAUGGAGCAGGCCAUCCUGGCCGGGGAAGCCGGCUGCGUCUCCAUCUCUCCUUUUGUGCAUGAGCUGAAAGCAAUUUUUGAGCCCAGCUAUAAUGACGCAGAUCCAUUACUACCGUUGUGUGUCCAGGCUCAGCAGUGGUAUCGGCAGGAGUUGUUACCGACCAAGGUCAAGGCAUGUGCGACCAUUGGGUUGGACGAAAUCUUGCAGCUGGCCGGGGUGGCAGCAUUUACCCUGGUCCCGGAUGACCUGAAAUUGUUACAGUCUAGCCACAAGGAGGUGGACGAGGUGCAAAGCUUGUCAUUGUUCCAGGAUAGGGAGGUCAUGCAAGAUAAGCUUGCCUACCCGUGUUACAUCAACGAUGAAGCCGGGUAUCGCUUGGCUUUUGCGAGAGUAGAGGAAGGCCGUGCUCAGUUGAAACUUGGGCAGGCGAUCAACAUUUUCUGUGAUUUUCAAACUAAGGCUGAGCAAUUGGUUCGGGAUGCGACGCGUGCGUGA